CAGCACAACUAGUUCAACACUUCUUGUUCAAACCAAAUACCACAUCCAAUUGAAAGUAGUUCCACCUCAUCACAAGACUAUGAGAAAGAGGUGAGGUGAAGAGGGAAUGGGUUCCGAGAUCAUAUCAGUUCAUAUAAAUAUCAUAUCAAGCUUAUAUUGGAAGGGAAACACCAAAUUCAGAAAAUAAAUCUAUCCCAAAGACAUUGAAACUCAAUAGGAAAGUGAUUAACCAUAAAGCAUCACUCCUAUUGCAACCAUUCCAUUACCAUCAUCCAUUAGCAAAUAUAACAAGGAAGAGAAAAAUGGGUAAGGGUGAGACAAAUAUCACCAAACCAUACCUGAUGUACACAAAAUCUGAGUCCUUUGGGUCGAAUGACAAUAUCUGAGUUUCUUUAUUGAACCUGAUACCUGCUAUCUCCCUUUUUAGAUUUAUCCUCCACGUUAUCCUGAAUUUUAACCUCUACCUCAAGUUCCACUUGCUCGAAGAAACACCUUGGUCACUCCUGCUAAGAACCCAUAUUUCAAUGCCUCACUUCUUCCUCGCCCCAUAUUGCACAAGUCCAUCAAAACUCCUCUAGAACACGUUCAUCGUAAAAAUAUAAAACUGGUUAAGUGAUGUUAUAUAACAAAAAAUAUAACCCAUUGUCCGCGAGUCGUGCAAAUUCUCUCGGAAGUCUUCGAACUUCACGUUCACAUGUAAAUCUUCACGGUCUCCCGCCUGUGAGAAUCUCUUAUUAGCCGUAACUUUUGCCUUUCCAUUUCGAUUCGUUUUCGCCCUCUUUCGUUCAACUUUCUCUCCCGAGGUAAAUUCCACCUUGAUUGCUCCAGUAAUUCUCGGGGAAAUACCACUUUGGUGGUGGUGGAUACCACUAGUGGUUGGAUAAGCCAUGAGAAUCCAUGAUUCAGAUCUGCACCAACAAAAAUAAAAACACACAAGUGAAAAGCAAGGGUGGAAAAGAAAAAUAAUAGAAAGAAAAGCUAAAUUAACAAACUUCUGCCUUUCCUAAUAAUCUAUAAAGUCCCCGACAACAGCGCCAAAAACUUGACUCGCUAAAACACAACUCCUAACAAUGGCCAAGGGUAACCAAUGAAAGGGACUACAGUAUAGUGGUACAUGUAAUAAAUAUCGAAUCCACGGGUCUCUAGAAUUACUAUUACUCAGCUUCGGUUCAUUAUCUAGAAAACUAGAUUAAAAUAGAAGAACUAUAACUACUCUAAUAAACUACAGUUAAAGUUAAUCUAAUUACCGGUUGGGAACUCAGUUAGGUAUGAUUCCCCCUAGCCACUAGCCAGAUUAAUGAUUAACGAUCUCUAACUUGUUUCAGUUUCCACUCACAAUGCGGAGAAUAUCAACUAGACCUUGAAUCUCGACUAAAGGAACAAGGCCCUCUUAAGUCGAUUACCUAGAGGGACGUAUCCUUCUCUAGAACAACCGAUCAAGGCGUUCUGAACUAGAUUCCCUCUAUCGAAUGAGAUUCUCAAUCGAUACAAAUUAGUGAAUCGACCCUCGAUUAAAGAAAUCUAUCCAAUACUAUCAAUCUAUGGUGCUCUAUUGACCAAAUCAGGUAUUCUCUCUCAUAGGAUCAACGCACAAUCAAUAAUCUUGACUAAAACAUAAUUGAAACAUGAAACAUGCUUAGAUUGAAUAUGAACUCAAGAUUAUCAAGUAAGAGUACUCAUACAAUCAUCCAAUCAAACAAACAUAGCUAGGGUUCCUCAAAACCUUAAGUGAAGGGAAGUUACUCCAUAUAGAAGAGAGAGACUGCAGUAAGAAUCUUUAGAUGCUCAGUCUUUAAGUCUGGGCUUGUUCCUGGAGCUUCCAAGGUUAAGUAAUCCUCCAAUUCCACUCCAAGAUUGCCCUCAAAUCGCCCUCUCUCUCUUUGGUUUAUCGCUUGGGUGUUUAGGAUAAAAACCCAGCUCUCUCCCUCGAAAAAUGCACAAAACAGGAUUUUAUACCCGCUUCUGGAAGUUACCCCGUCAUAUUACCUGGUCGGGUAUUUUUGCCGGAUAUCAUCAAGACGCUCCGGGUCACUUUUCUGGGCAAAAGGAGACAUACCCGGUCGGGUAAUUUUGGUUCACGACCGGGGGUCAUCUGAUUUCUUAUCAGAAUACCCUAUAAGAUGCUCAAAAUACAUUAUCGAGUAUUUUGACCAAACUGACCAGGUAUCUUAUAAUUUCGGGCCCACUGUCUUUGAUUCUUCGUUUCUCCGUCGUUCGGACUGCAAAUCAAGUGUCGUUUGAUCCCAGACGCCGGUAGUAUCGUCCUCUUUCUUCUCAUGAUAAGCUUACAUGAUUAUCUGGCCACAAAAUGAGGUAGAAAUCCAUUCUUCUUCAAGUCAUGCCCGAGUUUCUUUCCCCGAGUCGCCAAUUGAUCUCUGAUUUACUUGAAACUUGCGUCUAUGCUUCACUUUAUGUGCUACGACCUGAAAUGAGACAAAGAAGCACAACCUAGCAUAAAAUAGGGCAAAGAAGCGAUAAUGCAAGCUUAAAUGAUUGAGAAUCAAAGGUGAAAACAUGUGCAAGUAUCAAGUCAUCAGGGAUCCUAGUGAAGCAUCAAAUUUAUUGCAUAUGACUUCCAGUAUGAAUGAGUUCGGGGGUUGGAUUGAAGGCAUGAAGCUGAGUGAGCAUAAGAUUGUGGAAGCCUGGUUUACUUGGUGGAAUAAGCAGAGGGGAACCGAAUUGCUGAUAGGCUGGAUAGGAUUCUUAUAAAUGAGUCCUGGUUAAGUACAUUCACUAUAAGCACAACUACUAUUGUCACAACCGUCCCUCCGGGGGUCGGGUCGCGUUCGCUUUUGGAGUCGCCAUCGAUCUUACUUGGAGUGGAUCGAACACUCUUCGGUCAGCUCUAAACUUAGGGUUAGAACCGAGACAUGGUCUGCGAUUAAGGGAUAUGCGUCCAGGAGUACGGUUACGUGUGGGAAGUUAUGCAACACCCCCACAACGCCCUAAAUCAGCACUGCUUAAGUUGAUAAGUUUAUAUGAGUUGGGUGUUUUUAAUAAUUAUUGGUGUUUGUAUGGUCCUAUUGGACCGCUAAAGAAUUUUAUCGUAUUAGUUUAUGGUUUUAUUAUAUGCCAACUGACGUUCGUUUAAAGAUAAAAUUUGUUAGUUAGUUGGACUCAAACCUUAUCGGUUGCUUACGUACCCGUAACACGGGAUCAUAGUCCACGUAGUUCGUUUAAAAUUUUGACAAUUUUAAAUGUAAAUAUUACCACGUUCCAUUUACCGUGGUGUUCGUAAUAUGCAUUUUUUUUAGAAAAUAUAAAAGUGAUACUAUGAAUUUUAGUCAUUAAGUAAAGAGUUGAUGUGUUAGAAAAGAAAUAGGAUUAACCUAAUACGCAUUCAAUAUUUCAUACUAAACAACAAAGUUGAACGGAAUGAUUACAUUUACACAUGAUGGGCCAGUAGCCGAAUUGGUUAAGUCACUAUUUGGAGUAUGCACUUAUCCCGAGGAUGAGGGUUUGAAACUAGUCAUUACAAUUUUUUUUUUCUCAUCAUUUUAGUGUAGAGACGGGGGGAGGGUAAUUUCGUAACUCCUCAAAAACAUGGUGGCAAGGUCAUGUAAAUUUUAAGAAAUCCUAGGGGAGACUAAGUCAUUUUAAUGAGAAGGGUAUAUAACAAUCUCUAACAAAACCCUAAUUCAGCCUAACCCUAUAGCCAAAGCGGCCGCCCUCUUACUUCAUCUCCUCCCCCUCUCACCCUUCUAUCUCUCUAUCAUCUCACCUUCAUCGAACCAAGAAACCCUCUGGUUUCUUCCUCCACAACCGCCUCCCUUACCCAUUUCCUUCCCCUCGGGUUCUGUCCGUCUCUCUAAACCGAGAGGGAAGACAGUACAAACCUUCCCCUCUACUAGGUCCUACUUCUCUCCCUCUCAUUGUUUUUUCUGUUUUGCAUGUACGAUUUCUACUAUUUUCAGAUUUGAUUUUAAUUUUCGAGAUUCUAAUCUUUUUUCCUUAUUUAUUUUUCGAGAUCAGCUCGAAACCGAGGUGGGAGUCUCGCCUUUCUAGUCGGAACCGCGGCGGCAAGGAGAGGAUCUUACCCUCUGGUAAGAUUUUUUGUACAUGCACACUUUAUUUUGAUUUUGGGGAUCAGACUUUGAUUUGGGUAUUUUUUUUUAUAUUUUAAUUAUCAAUGAGGCGAGGACGGUGUCGGCGAGAGGCCUACCGGCGACGAGCCUGACGGUUGAGACGAGGUGGCGAACUCACCGAUGUUUCCCUCCGUUCAAGGUGGGUCUUCUUCUUUGUUCUUUUUACCUGGGUUCUGAUUUACUACUGCUACUAUCUUUUAGAGUCUGAUUUUAUUAUUAUUUUUGCAGACCUUUAAGACUCGAAAAGGCAGUAGGUGAUAUCCUCUUAACUCAGGAUUUCUUUGCGUGAUCUUUUUUGGAGUCUAGGGUUUAAUUUCGGUUUAUGGAUCUGCUUAUGUGUCCAGAUCCUAGAUUUGGGUCGAACUCCUUGAUUGUUAUCUACCUAAAAUGUUUUAUUGGGAUGUGUUUAGAAAAAAGUUACUGGUUUUGUUAAAUUUUCACUUUCUAAAAUGAAUCUAUAGUAAACUCAAAGCCAUAGCCACUGCUUAUGACCAUCCUGUUGAUGGGAAGCUUCAAUAUGAAUUUAAGCCAUAGCCACUACUCAUGACCAUCAGAUUGAUGGGAAGCUUACCUCUAAAAUUGGGAUUUGGUUAUUUGAUUUAUUUAAAAAAUGAUAUGAAUUGGUAAGAUCUGAAAUUUUCAAUAGCAUCUGGGCUUUUGUGGUGUUAGGCAUGCGGAAACAUAACAACUAAAAAGAGAACUUUGUAAAUACCAAAAGGUGGUAAUUGGGUCGAAAGGAGGUGCCCUCAAACACAAAAAGAGCUAUUUUAAAAUAUUCUUCCAAGUGGUAAUGCGGAAAAAGCUGAAGACACUAAACAGGGAAGCUUAUUCAGACAUAUCAACAAGGGCUAGAGAAUUGGAAACCCAAUUGGAGGAACUACAAAUGGAGCUUCUUGCAAGUCCUAGUGCUGAGUUAGUUGAAGCAGAGGGGGAAUUGGCACAGAAAUGUUUUGAAGUGAGGAAAGCUGAAGAAAGUUUCUAUAAUCAAAAGGCUCGUACUCAAGGGGUGCAAGAAGGUGAUAUGAAUACUGCAUAUUUCCACAGAACAGAGAAGAUUCACACUCAUAAACAGCAGAUCACUCAGCCUAAUAUAAAGGAAAUGGGUAGAGUUGCGGUGGAUUUCUAUAGGUAGCUUAUUGGUGAAGUUAACAAAGACGUUAUCCCUCAGCCUAGCAUUUUUUAUCAGCAGCUUUCUCUUAGUAAGUUGUCUCCUGAGAAUAUAGAAUCAGUGCUGGCCUAAAUGGAGGUGUAUGUGGUCUUUUUGAAAUGAAGCGUGGAUUGAGGCUAGGGGACCCUUUGUCCCUUAUCUAUUUACUAUGGUCAUGGAAGUGCUUGAUGCCAUGUUGAAACAAGUUGUUCUGCAAAAUCAGAUCCCUUACCACCCUAGAUGCAAACCGUUGGUGAUAACACAUUUGUGUUUCGCUGACGAUUUGCUAGUAUUCACAAAUGGAUCUAUUAGGGGAGUGGCAGGGAUAUGUCGGUUAUUAGAUGUUUUCUAUGUUAUAUCGGGUAUGAGAUGUAAUCUGGAGAAGAGUUCAUUGUUUUCCGGGGGGAUCUCAAAUGAGGAGCAAUAUUUUAUUUCGGAUUGUUCGAAAAUUCCCUUUGGCACCCUCCCGGUCCGAUAUAUAGGAGUUCCAUUGAUCACUGGUAAGUUAUCUCGGGCUGACUGCAAGGUUCUAAUUGAUAAGAUUACCACAAAAAUUAGGAUUUGGAGGACAAAAACUUUGAGUUUUGCGGGUCGGCUGCAACUGAUAACUCUGUAGUGACUAGUGUUAUGCAGUUUUGGAUGAGUAAUUUUUUGCUUCCCCAAUUUGUUCUAAAGGAGGUUGAGUCUCUUUGAAGUAAGUUCCUUUGGGAUAUUGAUGAGACUACAAUUAGGCAGAGAGUUGUGGCUUGGUGGCAAUUUAUUACUAGAACUGAAAAAGAAGGUGGGUUGGGGAUUCGAAAUUUUGUUAUAUGGAAUAAGGCAUAUGUUCUACGUCAUUUUGGGAGAUCCUUGUGGAAGAGGGUUCUCUUUGGGUGGCUUGGAUCCGUCGGUAUAGGGUUAAGUCAGCCUCGAUUUGGGAUGUGAAGGCUACAACUGCUGGAUCAUGGAUUUGGAAGCAAAUUCUGAAGUGUAGGGAAGCUGCUAGGCCUCAUGUGUCCAAUGCAGGGUCGGGCUUAACAUGGGGAGGGGAAGACAUGGUGACUUAUUCUGUUAAAAGAGUUUGGAACUCAUCGCGUCAAUGAGAAGAGGAAGUUCAAUGGUAUAAUCUGGUCUGGGGUAAACAUAGUAUCCCUAGGCAUGGGUUUAUCAUUUCGCUUAUUAUUAAUGAUCGUCUAAAGUUCCAAGAUAAGCUUAUUGCGUGGGGGAAGCAGGUUUCUGGUUUCUGUGUUUUUUGUCCAUGGGGCCGGAGACCUGUUUCCAUUUAUUUGCAGAUUGUUCUUGUGUGCAAUAUGUGCUCAGGGUUUAGCAGGUUUAUGCCCCGCAUGUGCUGAGUGAUUGUGCUGCAACAUUACAGUGGUGCAUAAGGAAGUGGAAAGGAAGCUCUGCUACUGCAGUUCUCAAUAGGAUGAUUUGGAGUGUGGUGCUUAGCCUCAUUUAGCGAGAGCAGUGUUCAAGGUUGUAUGGGGACUCUGCAGCAAAGACCCCUCAGCAGCUAGUUGUAGAUACGAAGGGAAUUGUUCAACUCAGAUGUCAGUUGGAUCAAAACCUACUCAGAUGCUUUGAAUCUAAGGGAUUGGGACAAUAGAUAGAUACAUUUCUCAUAUAGGGUUUCUUUUCCUUUGUUUUUGGAGAGGGAGAGUUGAUAUGUACAGACUGUUGGUUUUGAGAGGCGCCAUGGUGUUUUUCCUAUUGGUUGCCCUUGCUUAAUGCAAUUUUGAUCUAGCCAUACAAAAAAAUAUAAGUUUGAAUGAAAUUUACUAAAUUAUUAACUAAAUUAUUGACGAUCUCAUCAAUUUGCAUUACAAUUUUGUUUUGUAAGCUCGAUUAUUUUGUACAUAACAGUUUAAUAAAAUAUGAUAUUUUUU